AUGGCGGCCGAUGAGACGUGGAACUCGACCGGCUGGCCGCCGCCGCCAUCCGAUUUGAAUUACGCCGGCCUUCUGAUGAUCAUCAUUCCGCUCAUCACACUCCUCGGCAAUUUGCUGGUGAUCAUCUCGGUGCUCCGAUUCCGCGCCCUUCAAUCCGCCAUCAAUUUUUUGAUAUUGGGCUUGGCGGUGGCUGAUCUCCUCGUCGCCAUCACUGUCAUGCCAUAUGCCGUCUAUGUCUAUGUGACCAACGGCGAAUGGUACUUGGGCAAUCUCAUGUGCGACGUCUACAUGGCGCUCGACGUCGGCUGCUCGACAGCUUCCAUCCUAUUGCUCGCCGUCAUCUCGUUCGACAGGUAUCGCGCCGUGUCGCUGCCGAUUCAAUACUCGCGCCAAUCGCAAAACAUCAAACGCGUGUUCGCCAUGAUCGCCGCCAUCUGGUUCAUCUCGUUGGAAACGUAA